UACCUGAGUCGUGACGUUGGAAGGGGCGUGUCUAUACCGAAGAUGGCGGAAAGCUACCUGCAGUCGAUGGAAGAGCAGGAAGUUCCUCUGGUUCGCUGCUAUUCUAAAGUGAUGGCGCAUGCAGUAGACGUCAGCACUCAGACUGACCCGGUGGUGGUCCUGUCCCUGGCCCAGGCUGCUGUGCUGGGACUCAUAUCACAGAACGAAAUCUUCGGAGCCACAAUUGCCCCAAACGGUUUCUACACAGGAGAGGGACGUGAAGGCCCCGCUCCUCCUGCAGAAUCCAUGGAGUAUGAAUAUGCAGAUCAGCUAAUUGGAGCCAACGGAGACUAUCUAUCCGAGCCUCACAGGGAGAACAGGGGGCCAGAAGGGCUCUACGGUGCAGAACGCAGGCGUCCAGGACCCCGUGGGAGGACCAAGAGGCCCUUGAGUGAAGGAACACCAGAGGAAUCCACGGAGAGGUCUCCGGACACACCGAAUCAGGUGAAAGGAGAGAGGUCUGAGUUCUCCAGCUCAUGUUAUCUCUCGAAUCCCCAGCAAUCUAACAAUGAACCAGAAGUGUUGGACCUAGCACCUCGGAGAGUGCCAAUGAAAGAAGAGCAGUGUAGCAAAGACUACCCUGAGCCCUCGAGGGAGCCAGCCAUCCAGCAGGUUGACUCUGACACUCAGACACAAGCCCACCAAAGCCCUGUGGGGCAUGGAAAAGCGUUGGUGGAGUCCUCUGAGGGAGGACGGGGAAAGGAGGAGAAACAGGAAGAAGAGGAGGAGGAAGUGGAGGAGAGAGCACUGAACCUGAAAACCACAGAGGAGGAUGUGAGCCCAGCAAUGAGGCGCUACUAUGAAUCCAGUGUGACAGGAUAUGAGGCUGCUGAGAUGGGCCUGCCGGGAGACUAUGAGGAGGGCAGCCAGGCCAUGAUGUGGACGGAGGGUGAGAACUCCUUGGGUAGACGGAUGCAGAUCGACCGGCUAGAUAUUAAUGUGCAAAUCGACGAAUCGUACUGUGUGGAUGUGGGAGAAGGCCUGAAACGCUGGAAGUGUCGCAUGUGCGAGAAGUCCUACACUUCGAAGUACAACUUGGUUACGCACAUCCUGGGUCACAAUGGCAUCAAACCACAUGAAUGUCUGCAUUGUGGAAAGCUCUUCAAGCAGCCCAGCCAUCUUCAGACGCAUCUGCUAACGCACCAGGGGACGCGGCCACACAAGUGCACCGUCUGCAAGAAGGCCUUUACCCAGACUAGUCACCUUAAACGGCACAUGUUGCAGCAUAGCGAUGUCAAGCCUUACAGCUGCCGCUUCUGCGGCCGAGGAUUUGCCUACCCUAGUGAGCUACGUACUCAUGAGACCAAGCACGAGAGCGGCCACUGUCAUGUUUGCACGCAAUGCGGCAUGGAAUUCCCCACUCACGCCCACCUCAAGCGCCACCAGGUCAGCCACCAGGGCCCGACAACCUUUCAGUGCACUGAAUGUCAUAAGUCCUUCGCCUACCGUAGCCAGCUCCAGAACCAUCUGAUGAAGCACCAGAACGUGCGUCCCUAUGUCUGCUCGGAGUGCGGCAUGGAGUUCGUGCAGAUCCACCACCUGAAGCAGCACAUGCUUACACACAAGGUACUGACACAGCAGGCCCUCGAACACAAGGUACUUAAACCUCAUUAGUUUUCGUAAUCUCCCCGCAACCAUCCUAUUAGAAAUUACUCCCCAGUGACUUUGAGAUCCAAACCCCAUCUACAUUUUCCCACCACUACAUGUUCCCAUAAAGCUGUAGGUUAAUGCGUCGUCUUCAGUUGUGUCUCAGGUAUUGCCACCAAGUUUCUAUGUAAAUGGAGCCGUCUCUGACAGUCCCUUCCAGCCAUCCAAUCCGCCUCCUACCCUGCCAACUCAUCCCGUUUCCCUGUCCCUUG